GCUUGGCUGCCUGCCGUAUAAAUGCAGAGCCGGGAGGGUGGGAAGCCAGCGCGCUCCUGGGCAGGGAGAGUUAGAGGAGGAUGAGUGCCAGGGUGCUCCCCGCAGGGAGGCAGAGAGCACCCAGCAGCACCCCAGCAGGGAUGAUCCGGACCCCGACGGCAGCCCAGCACACUAUGCCCCUCUCCUCCAGGCCCAGGACAUCCUUCCUCAUCCAAGACAUCCUCUGGGAUGGGGCAGAGCGGGGAGCGCAGCCGGAGAGGGGCAAGAGCGGAGGGUUUGGCAGCCCGGAGGAGGAGAGCGAGGGCAGCUUGGCCCCAGGGGCUGCCCCAGGGCACCCCCCCGGGAGCCCUCAUCCCCCAGGAGCAUCCCCAGCCCAGGCCCGAGGGACACCCCAUGAGGCUGAUGCAGAUGCCAUGGCAGAGACCUACCUGUCAGACUGUGACCCCCCGCUCCGACCCCUGCCCAUCGCCCAGCGCCCCCCCAAGCAGGCGAAGCGCUCGCGGGCGGCGUUCUCCCACACCCAAGUCAUCGAACUGGAGAGGAAAUUCAGCCACCAAAAAUACCUGUCGGCCCCCGAGCGAGCCCACCUGGCCAAAAACCUGCAGCUCACCGAGACCCAGGUGAAAAUCUGGUUCCAAAACAGGAGGUAUAAAACCAAGAGGAAACAGGUCGCCUCCGAAAUCAGCAGACUGGACACGCGUCUGGCCGGGCAGAAAGCGGCCGAGCUGCCCGGAGCAUCGCUGCUCAUGCUGCGGGACGGCUGGCAGUACCUGCCUUGCCUCUACUACUUGAAUGGCUGGAGUCCCUUGUGGUGGUAACCCCUUUUUUAAGGCAGAAAACAUCUUUUUCUCUUAAAAAGCUUUUUUUUUUUUUUAAUACUGCGUCGCUUUUUCUAGUGUUAAUCAGGAGAGGGAGACCCUGUUCGCAGUCAUGAUCAGCAUCUUCUAGUUGCCACGCAAGCCUCUCUCGUUGCUAACAAUAAACAAAAAACCCCAAACAAAAGAAAAACCAAAAAAAGCCCAAGAUAUUAAAAGUGUGUAAUUCAGCACACUCAGCAGCGCUGCUCUGGGGUUGAUUGACAGCUGUAAAAUAUUGCAGGCUCUUUCGGGGGCAGAAAGCAAGGGAGGGUCCAGCCCCAGAGGCAGCGAUCGCCCCUCUCUGCCCCUCCUAAAUUGCCUGCGCCCCCCUGAAGCCUUGCUGAGAUCAAGCGGGCAAAAAGCAAACUGCUGAUCCUGGGCUGGCACUGAUACGGCCCCAGCUCGGCCACUUGGGCCAUCAGCUGUCGUAUGGUCUGAAAAUUAGGCUUAAGGAAAAGCAAAGCAAAAAAGAUUCUAUUUCUGCCAUUGAAACAGUAAUUGCUAAUGGUCCUUGAGGGGGCUUAGAGCUCCCCCAAUAUGUCUGUGUGCUCUCGGGCAGUACCGCAGCCUCCCCUUGGGGCAACGCGCUUUUGGGGAGAAUUAAACCCCUUUCUGCCGUGAGCAACAACACCCUGAAGUGCCCGACGGCCACGGAGCUGCAGCCGGGGACCGGGUGUGCCAGGGCAUGAGCGGAGGCGGCCGCCCUGGCCGGGAGGGAGCCGUGCCAGCUUACCCCCACCCAAACCCGUCCCUCUGCCCUUCGACAGCCAAGGUGCCAACUGCCGCUGCCGGUGCCUUGGGAAGCCAAACCAGAAAGUGUCAGGAACACGGACAAUAGCAUAAUGACAGAUGAGUUUUGCAUAUCCGGGUGUUGACACUGUUUGAACAUUCCCAUAUAAGCUAUUUAAAACAGCAACAGCUCAAAGAGUUCAACGCUCCCCGGCAGCUUUCAAUGCAGCAAAGUCCCUGUUGGCAAGUGAAAUCACCCCAACUCCCAGCGCCAGGGCAGCGGGAGGAUGGUAUCUUUACCAGUGACUUUGUAGUGAGACGACAACUGUUAGCACCAGCAGAGUAGCAGAGGUUUAUUUUUUGUAUAACUAACCAAUCUUAAAACUUUAGAUGCCAUUAACUCUAUGGGAGAAAGUGUAGAAAAAAUGAGAUUUCCAAGAGAGGAAACACCUCAACUGCUGCUUCUCAGCUAGCGUAAAUCAGCAGAGCUCUGCUGGAACAACUUUAAUCUUCUAAAACAAAAGCACGCGGAGGUUUCUUCCCUGUGAGCCUCCAGAAAUGUUUCUCUGGUGCCUGUUCUUUCUGAAAGAGACUUAAAAAAAAUCAGAGUGGUCCAAUACAGAUGCAGUUAGAUAACGUUAAGAACUGCUUAGAUCCGUCCCUUUUAACAAGCCUAUGUGGAAACUGAUCUUUUGCCUUGCCAUAGACCCAGAGAUUGCAAGCUCCCAGGCAAAGCUGCUGGGGGGGGUGUGCAUGAGGAAAACCUCAGGGGAAGGGAGGGCAGGGAGAAGAGAACACGCAAGCUGAAACUCUGUGGCAGAUAUUCUCUUAGCUCCUGCUAUCAAAGCUGUUUGCCCAAUUUGGAGGACAACCAGUUGCUUUCUAAUUGUCUGAAAGUAACCCCUAAUACCUUGAGAUAACAUUUUUCUUCUAGCUCCUGCUCUCGGAUGCUGCGUAUCCCCCAGCCUGUUCUCCCCCAGCCGGCGCUCGGGCGAGAAGGCCAUCUCCCCUGCACUGUUGCAAUGUGUUUCAAACGCAGCCCUGCUGCUUAUCCACUUUGCACUUUGCUUAUCUGCUGCUUGGAACAGCAGCAACAAAAAAAGCCCUUACAGCCUCGAAGGCAAGCCCCUGCAGGGCACGCAUCCCUACGGAUGGCAUUUCCAGGGGGAGAAAGUCCCGUUGAAAUCCUGUGGGCUCACCCACACCCAGACCCUUGGGAUGCUGCUUAAAUCAAUGCAGAGACACUAUAGUUGCACUAAAUACACUGGAUUAGCAGCUCUGACCAUCCCAGAGCUGCCCUGAACAGGGAUCAUGGCGUGUCCUUUGCACAGACAGAGGAAGAGCAGCAGGGACGGGCACGUUAUGCUGGGAAGGACUGAAUUGGGCUGGGAAAAUUAGAUAUAAACUGAAUUUCUUGGACGCUUCUUUGGGAAAAUGUUUGUGUCAUAGCUGCUUUUUCUUCCCCGCUCGUGGUUUACAACCAGUGAAAUAUCCUUGUUGCUUCAACACCCAACUGCUCAUACUUAACUUUGCUGGUAUAAAGCAAGUCCAGCGCAAAUACUCGCUAUUUUUGUACAUAUUUUUUUGAUACUAUUUUAUCUGAUGUGCAUUGUCCUUUGGAAUAAAGAGCGCAGAGUCUUUAUU